UUUGUUCAUCUUGAACCCGAUAAACCCCCGACAUUUUGCUCAUCUUUUCUAACUUCUCAGCUCUACAGGACUAUGGCUGCUGUAGCUUCUGACAAGGCAGAUGGCCAAACCCAGUGGGAAUUUAGCUGUGACUUGGAGGUAGAUUAUGAGUCUGAGGAAAGCGCUUCUAUUGUCUAUGCAGCAUUAGCUGUUGAUAAGGAGUUGCAACCAGAUAAGGUGAAGAGGCAGAUGUCAGUUUCUAAUGGAAAGCUUUCAGUGCACUUUGAGGCUGUUGAGGCAAGAUUUCUUCGAGCAUCAUAUAGUGCAUUUGUAGAUGUAUUGACACUUGCCACAAAAACAAUUGAAGAAUUCGGAAAAGGAAUGGAAUUGUGACCACUAGCUUUGCUAGUUUUCCCAUGAAAUGAGCUGUAAUGUAACACAAUGAAUCAAAAGUCAGUGUUUGUGGAACUUUUUAAAGCAUGAAUUCUAGUUUGAUUUUUUAGCUUCGGAUCUAUAAGGUAUCUGGAAAGAAGGUUGUCGUUCUA